CCUCCGCUGGUCCGCCACCUUCUUCCACCUCUGUCCUCACACCAUCACCCCAACUCCCUAAGCAAGAACCACCCACGGGCCGGCACCUGCGCGCGGUCUACGCACGAUGGGGCGCGGCCGCCCCAAGAAGACCCCCUCCGACUCCGACUCGCUCACGUUGCCGGUCGGCGCCGACGCGGAGCUGCGAAGAAACGACCCCGGCUUCGCCGGCUCCUUCUACGAGGUCACCGUCACCGGCCACCUCGUCUCCAGCGCCAGCUACACGGUGGCCUACGCCACGCUCGUGGCCGACGACGACGGGGGCCCGCUCGAGGAGACAGCGGCAGCAGCCGACGUGCGCCCGCGGCCGCCGCCGCCCGCGACUGCAAGGAGCGGGUUCGCCGUCCACGACACCGUGGAGGCGUUCCACGACGAGGGGUGGUGGGCCGGCGUCGUGUCCGCCGUCGUUCCCGGGCCGCGGAGGGCGUACGAGGUCACCUUCCCGACGUCGCGGGAGACGGUGGAGUUCGAGGAGACGGCUCUGCGGCCGCACCGCGUGUUCCAGGCUGGCCAGUGGGUUCCGGCUGCAGAGGCGGUAUUGGACGAUGGAAGUCCUUUGUUUCGGGAGGGAACCCAAAUCGAAGUGAGGCGGUCUGAAAAAAGCUUUAGUGAAUCCUGGAGUCCAGCUUCUGUUCUGAAAGUGAUUGGCGCUACAAAUUUCUUAGUACAGUACAUCAAUAUUGGAAGCAACAGAGAACUAGCCACUGAGAUUAUAGCUGCUCAACAUAUCCGGCCAGCGCAAACCUUCCGGAAGUACAGAUUUUCUCGAUCUUCUCAUGUUGAGGUAAUGCAUGAAGAGAGCUGGUGGCCUGGUGUUCUCCGGGAUGUUUUAGGUAGUGGAAUCAACAAGAAGUAUGUAGUAAAAUUGAAGAGCUGUGACACAGACAUGGAAGAUGUGGAAUGUUUGGAUGUUUUGACAGUUGAAAAUACACACAUAAGGCCGAAAUUUCACUGGAAUGGAAAAAAAUGGGUACGCUGCCUGGAUCAGGACGAUGGAAGUGCUUUGUUUCGGGAGGGAACCCAAGUUGAAGUGAGGCGGUCUGGAAAAAGCUUUGCUGAAUCCUGGAGUCCAGCUUCUGUUUUGAAAGUUAUUGGCGCUACAAAAUUCUUAGUACAGUACAUGCAUAUUGGAAGUGACGGGGAACUAGCCACUGAGAUUAUAGCUGCUCAAUACACUCGGCCAGCGCAAACCUUCCGGAAGUACAGAUUUUCUCAAUCUUUUCAUGUUGAGGUGAUGCAUGAACAUAGCUGGUGGCCUGGUGUUCUUCUGAAUGUUUUAGGUAGUGGAAUCAACAAGAAGUAUGUAGUAAAAUUGAAGAGCUAUGAGACAGACAUGGAAGACGUGGAAUGUUUGGAUGUGUUGACAGUUGAAAAGACACACGUAAGGCCUAAAUUUCACUGGAACGGAAAAAAAUGGGUGCGCUGCCUGGAUCAGAUAUCUGCUAAUGUACCUACAUUAGCUUGUCGUAAAAGGCCAAUUUCUUGUGCCUUGUCAUUACAAAAAGAAGUUGGUGAAACCACUGAUAAACAUGGUUCUUGUCGUGAAAAAAAGUUGAAGAAUACAGAUGUUGCAUCAGAACGAAUUUCUCCUCACUCGCCUGUUUGUAAUGAAAGCAAUGAAAUCAAGUGUCAGAGCUUGUUCCGUGAAGGAAAAAAGAAACAAGGAAAUGCAGUACCUGCUUCAUUGCCACCAAUGGCAGGAUUUUCACAGCUAAGUGUUCCUUCACUUGCUCAAAGUAGUCAUCUUGAACAAGCACAUUCUCCCAACAUUAUCAUACCUUCUGCACCAGUGGCGGCGCCACAACGUCGACAGUUACAGGCUUUGAUGUUUGAAACUCUUGGACAGCCAAGGCCUCUCCCACAGGGCCCACCUUUGGGAAUGCGGUCACUUGCCACUCAAUCCCCGAAGGAAGUGAUAGCUGCUAAAAGUAUUGAGGACGCCAGAAACACUGUAUCUAUAUCGGAAGACCUGGCCAAAUCGAAAAAUGGUGAUGAUAAUGUUGAGCUGCAUUAUAACGUGGCUGCCGGAUGUGGAAUGCUUUCAGAAACAGAUACAGUGAAUAGUGUUGGCCCCAUGACGACACCAAAGGACAUAGGAGGUCCACAGCAUGCAGUGUCACAACAAGGUCAUGGUCCAGCAAUGGAUUCAGAAUCCUUUGCAAUCCAGCAUCUUCCAUUUCGGAAGACCUCCCCGGUAUGGGCGAGGAUCGAGGCAAUGGAAAUAUUCAGUGAGAUGCCGCAGCGACCAAAUCUGAAUGAGUUCCAGCAGCAUGGUCCCGAGGUCCGUGAAGGAAUGACAUUGGGUCUGAUGCUAUCCUUCGCUACUUUGGCCGAAAGCAUAUGCAGGCUAGAUGUUCAUCAGGAUGACAUUGGAGGAGUGUUCGAAGAGAAGAAGCAGGCACUCUCUUUGCUGGAGGAAAAUGGUUUUGACGUAAGGGUCCUCCGGUCGCGUCUGGAAGCUCUGCUCUGCACAUGAUGACGACGAUGAUAAUGUUGUGCGUUUGGUGGUUGCUGGUGGAGCUUGUACAGGUUGUUACUAAUGCUAAGUGGUGGGCUAUAUGUUGUGUAAACUCAUGUGUACAUGGCAUGUGUGUGUUAGUAUGGUUGUUGCAGCCCUCUGGGCUGGUUGCUGCAACUCUGCUUUUGGUGCUGCAACUCUGCUUGCUGCUAUUACUUCAUGCUCUUGCUGUGGAAUCAUUUGAUGCGA